CUAGUGGCUACUGCCAUUAUAACUUUGCUUGGAUGGUCAACGUAGCAGGGCCAAAUAGAUGACGCAUUUGCAAUAAAGAGUCCGUGCAGUCCUCAGUCAAAUAUUCCCCUUUUCUCUCAAGACUAUGGGAUCGAGUGGGUGAGCAGUGAUCUCACAUGAUCUUGCGUGAUCUCACGUGAUCUCACGUGAUAGCUUUCUCAGACUAACCCUGAGAAAAUUACCCGUAGUUGUGAGGUGAUGCCAAAUUUUGCGGUCGAGCUGUUACAAAGUCUCGCCUUAAAUCCGCGCCCCGCCACGGCACUGUUCGAAUGGAAUACCAUCUUUAGACAACUACCAGGAGAGAUCACGUCACUUGGUCUUUUUCUGCCACAAAAUCUCCCGAUGGACUUGUAGGAACAGCUGAAAAAAAUAACGAGGAUAUAAGUGAACAGAGACUGACCAAUCCGACAACUAAGCGCUGAUUGGUUAAAACAUUCAAGAAAUCACAACGAGGCCAUCUUUCGUCAGGUUUUAUAUUCUUGUCCAAAAAUAGUUACCAGAUAAAGUUUAACAAAAAAGGUACGCACCUGCAUUUCAUGUGAUAUAUCUUUGGCCUUUUUUCCCUUGAAAUAUGUAUAAAUAUUACAUUGUACUCAUAUACUCAUGUACUGAUAUAAAAACGACGAUUCCUCACGGGACCAAGUCACGAGCUCUUUACAGAUUUUAAAAUUGCAGAUGUAGAAGAAGUCCUGCCUAACGGCACCUACUGUUCAGAAAGGGGAGCAGCCACAAUCCUCGUCACGGCACCCCACCCCACCCCAUCCGAAGCCAAGCCAAAAUCCCCACUGAUUAAUCUUGAUUAAUUAUGAGCAAAAUUUGUGAUUUUGAAACAUCUGACAUGCAAUGAUGCUGUAAAGAGUCUUUCUCUCCGCGGAUUCACCCUCCAUACUCAAUAGGCAAGGUAAUUCAGUAUGAAUAUUUUAUUACACGACGUCUCCCCGCACCUUGCGUGACACGCGUGACAACAAACCCCUCUAAAUGCCUCCGCAAUGAAGAGAAAAACAUCGUGUCACGGUAUGACCAUUAUGCAAGCUAUAUAGCGCGCUUUACCUCACAUAAAUUUCCAGGAAGUCGGUGUCACAGUCAGACAUUUCUCCUGAGAUGUCGAAAGCAUACCAGGACAAUUGCAGCACGUUUGGCUCAAUGUCUGUCACAAACUUUGCUUCAAAGGUGCAGUGAAGAUUGUUUUUAUAAUUUCCUUUGUGAUCCUCUUGGACCGUAAUUACUUCGCCCCAGCUUAAUUUUUGGCUGCAGGUAAUAGAUCGCACUAAGUUAUUCUCGAGACAAAUGGCAAGAAAAAACAAACCCGUCCUCAAAAGCAUGUUCGGAUUUCCCGCGCGCCGAAAAAAAAAUCGCGUUUUUUCGUCCCCGAAUUAGCUCGAAUUGGAAGAGAAGAGUCUGGUAGCUAAAGAGCUGAAGACGACCCAUCCAAUAUGUCGGACUGUUCCACAGAAGAGGUGAUUUCCAAAGUUUCUGCUAUUUUGUCCCCAGUUGGAUUGGAAUCGCACCCUUUCAAGAUUGGUUGGUACAAUGAUCAACUGGUCCACAAAGCAUUUGACCUACCCCACCCAUAUGACACUCUUGCUCUUGUCAUCAUAAGCACUCCCCUGAUGUUUGACAAUGGAUUCAAGCCAUUUAUCAAAGAGAUAUCUUGUAUUGGUGGCCGGGAUCCGCUUGAUGAAUUCAUGGCCCAUAUCUUUGCAAAAGUCAAGGCAGAAUUUCCUCGGCAUGAGAUAGAAGCUAUCCACGACUUUGAGAUGCACCCCUCCAGAAGACCCAAAGUGUUAGUCCAGACAGCGGCUCAUGUGGCUGGUGCCGCCUAUUAUUACCAACGCAGCAGUGUUUCUAAUGAUCCUUGGGACCAAAAAACAAAGAUCUGUGGAGUCAGCGUGCAUGCCAGGUAUGGCGGCUGGUUUGCAAUCAGGGGUGUGGUCAUUUUCAAGGACAUCUUGGUGCCCGACUUGCUGAAAAAAGAACCAGUGGAUGUUGUACAAGGGGAUGAAAAGCGAAUUGAGCUUCUGGAAAAGUUCAAUUUCCACUGGAAAGAUUGGUCGUUUAGGGAUAUUGUUCCAACGGAUUUAAAGUAUUCUGAAGAACAGAAGAAGUACUUUGCGACAUUACCAGCUGAUCGCAAGGAACUUCUUGAUUCUUACCGGAACAAAGUUGGUGAUCCAGUGUAAUGAUCAACUUUUUACAUCAAAUUUUCAAUUUUAGAAAAAAUCUGAAUCCUAAAAAUCUGUGGUGCCUGAUUUUUUUAAAAGGCAAAUUUAUGACACACUGACCAAGGUAUAUUUUAUCUAUAGAUAUGUAAUCUUAAAGAUGACAAGUUAUUUUGUGUUGUGUAUGCAGAUUGGCAUAUUAAAGAGCAAAGUAUUACAACAUAAGCCUGUUCAAGCAUGUAACAGGAUGUGAAAAGCCAGGCAAUAGCUAAUAGCUUGACAUAAUUAUUUGAAUAACACUUCAAAAUGAUGGAUUAUAGAUUGCAUGUAUAUAUUUUACAGUUUGAAACCUUAGAAUUGAAAGUAAGAGUAUUAUUAUGUCACGAAUGUGUUUUCUAAGCAUCCUAACAAGUUUCUUUGUAACUGAACACUAUUAAAGAGUCAGAGUAAAUUUA